AGCGCCGACGUGCUGCCAUGCAAUUGCGUGUGAGCGCGUCUGCAGCCGUUCUUAAGCAGCAGCCGACCGAUUUCACCCCCAGAUAAGCGGUUAGGAGGCGGGACGCGAGCAGGAAGACGAGGGAGCAGCCUCCGCAGCCAAACUGCAUCUUUUGGUCCGUCGCCUUUUUGGGGGGAGGCUGCGGCCUGUGUAUUUUCAGCGGAAGCCUCGGGCUGGAUUGAAAAUGUCGCAGCGAUAUGCUGGGUGCAUGAAGAUGAAAGGAGGAAGAAGGGAUAGGUGGAGAGAGCACUUCCUGUCACACAGCAGGUUUAAUUAGACACUUGGAAAGGCAAGUGCUGUGCCCUGUUAUGAUCAUCAGCAAUUCUUCUACUUAAAACUAAUAAUGGGGAUACAUCCUCUGACAAGUCUAUACAGUCAUUAAAUGAAUUUCUUUUUUAAAAAGUCCAGAAAACACAUAAAACAAUGAGCUCAUCUGAGUUGAACCAUAGUAAGGCAGAUCUCAUUUUAAUUUAAGUGAUUUUGUAUUAGACAUCAAAUGAGCAACUAGUGACCCUCAGUAGAGCGCAGAUGUCCAUUAAGGUUGAACUGUCAACAUUCAGUAUAUUACGAGGUUCUGCAUUAUGAACGGACAGAUUGUGCCACGUUGUUUCUGUGGUGGACUAAGUGGCGUCAAUAGGUUUCAAGGACAGGUGAGGCUUAGCCUCCAGGAGGUGCUGCAGGUCGGGUUGCCAGGAGUCUCUUGAAAAACGGAAUCGUCCCGUAUUUAGAAACAAAAGUACGCAUCCCGUAUGAAAAGGGACGCACUUAGUCCCGUAUUACCGCGAGACUCAAAAAUAGUUUAUAAAAUAUCAAUGGAAAUAAUUAAUGACACUUUAUAUUUAUAUUUACAGCGAACUUAUUCCCAGCCCUUUCUUGCUCUGUCACUAAUGACAGAUUAAAACAGCAGCAUUCACCAGAUUUUACUGUAUGUUAGGCCUUUUGUGGCAGAAGGUGAGCGUUCAAUCCCCAGCCAGGGUAUACGCAGGGUGUCGGGUGUAAACACUGUGACGACCCCUAACAGAAAAAAGUUCAAUUACAGUUUUUUUUUUGUUUAGUUUAGUUUUUAAGUGAAUUUCCGCAAAGUAUGAUUCCUUAUAUAUAAAUGGAAUAUUUUCGUAGCUAGAGCAUAGAAAACCUGUUUACAACCUUCUGACCUCUACAUAUAUGAAGGUUGUUAGAACCCUCUAGACAUGAAAUAACACCCCUAUAGUCAGCUUUACACUUGUAUUAACCAAUAAAGAUAUCCAUCUAUCCAUUUUCUAUGCUGCAUAUCCUCACUAGGGUCACAGGAGUAUGUUGGAGCCUAUCCCAGCUGACUUCAGGCAAAAGUCUGGGUACAUCCAGGACUGGUUGCCAACCAAUCACAGCCAAUAUAGAUAUAAUAACAGAAAAUAAGCCAUUUAAGACAUACUGUAAAUCAGACUUGUGCUUGUGUGUGUGUUGCUGUAAAUGUGUUCAGGUGCUUGGGGAGCUCAGUGGGGGUGGGGUGGGAGUACAGGAAGUGAAGGUUUGACUCAAAUAGUAUAAAAAUAGUUUCACACAAAUAACAAAAGGCAAAAGAAGAAAUCAACAAGCUGGUAGAGGUGAAGACAAUCGGGUCGGUUGGCCCUGCCAACAAGUUGUCCCUUAUUUAUUUUGCAGGGAGUUGGCAACCCUAUGCACAGGACGUGAGAGAAUGUAGCACAUGCGCACAAUUAUUUACAGUACAUAGCUGGGGCUAACUAAUAGCUACUACCAGCAGUGAUGAGUACUUGCGUUCUUGAAACAUUUUCUUAUUCCAUUGUUGUUCUUGGAAUGGAUUGGAUAACGAUGCACUGAAGGGACUGACAGAUGCAUGAUCAUAUUUAAGUGACUAAUGAAGGUUAUAUGAUUGGCCAAUGUUUUUGGCCAUGCCUGUAUGGAAUACAACCAAAUUAGCCCAUAUUUUUUGCCAUGACUGUAUACUAGUAUAGUCAGUAGUACAGGUUGGUAACGGUAUCGAUUUAUUAUCCACUGAAAAUGACACAACACAAAGCCACGAUUGUCAGAAUAGCUGGCAACACAAGUGAGUACCAAGGCAAUUGUGUUGUUGCCUUCAGUCAAGCAUUGUGGUGGUAGUGUCAGUGGCUGCUGGCACCAGGGAUCUAUGAUUCAUGAAUUCCAAUACGGUUUGUGGCUGUCUAAAGCACGCCGGUGAGGUAUUCAAUAUAAUUUAAUACAAUAAUAUCACGACAAAAAGUUGGUGAUGUAUACAAUUGAAUAAGCAUAACGAUAUAUAAUAAAACUAAUAUUUUUCAAGACAGGCAAGACUACUCUCGGACAGCUCCAGUCUUCUUUCCUUGGAGUACUCCAGCAGAAAGACCCCGAACAAUGGCCAGUCAUUUUUUUUAUCCCAUUAGCCCUCUUCCUUCUGUCUUGGUAUGAGACCCUCUUAAGUCUCCUGUCUAGGAUUGUUAACUGAUAGUCUUUCUUCCAUCGCACUUAUGGCUCCAUGGGUUCCUUAAUACGUGAUUAUGUUAAAACCUCCAUGUACAUUUCCAUCCUUAAGUGUCAUUCUAAUUUAUGUAACCUUUUGCCUCACACACAAAGAAUCCAUACUUUAUAAACUAAUCAACCCAUCUUGUUUCUAACUAUAAAUUACAAAAUAACUGGACAAUGUCUGCACAUUUUUUUUAUUUUUGGUCUUAGCAGCAGUCUAUUCUUUGCUGAGUGUGCUUAGUCAACUUGAAUAAGUAGGUGGGAAAGUUGGAAGAACAACUUUGUGUUUUGUUGGUGAAUGUCUUCCUUGUGUUUGUUGUGAGGUCAGGAGGUGAUGGCAGUCCAGACUGAGCUUCAACAUGACUACCACCUGUUCCUGAUGAUGGUCAUCUUCCUCGUGCACACCUGAGUCUUCACCCUGUGCUGCCCCUACAGUCCUCCCUCUUUCUCUCCUUGCUCAUUUCCUGCCACCCCCACCACUUGGCUCCAUCCCAUCACUGCUCCCAUCCUGUUUUCCUGUUCAGAAGCUAUCCAAGCUUACUUUACUAUGGCAUGCUGCGGGCGCUCUCUGGACUCCCCAUGCACAUUGGCUUUGCUGGUGGGCUUCCAAUUCGCCUUUGUGCUCUACUUCUCCCUCGGGGGCUUCAAAGGCUUGGUAUCCGUGCUGGUUCACACCACAGAGGCAGAGUUUGAUUACUCACGACCCCACGAUGUUUACACCAACCUCAGUUAUCUGAGAGCGCCACCUCACCCACCUUGGAACUCUGGCACCGGACCCCCUGCAACGGGACCGCCGCUGGCAGAUUGUCAGAUUGUCUCUCCACUGCUGGUCGGGCCUGUGUCUGUCCAUCUGUCCUCGCCUAUGACUUUGGAGGAGAUCAGACAGAGGAACCCGUUAGUGUUGCCAGGUGGACGCUAUCGUCCACCGGACUGUGAACCUCGGCACCACACUGCCAUUGUGGUACCUUACCGGAACCGGCAGACUCACCUUCGUGCCCUCCUCUACCACCUCCAUCCUUUCCUGCAGAGGCAACAGAUCCACUACAGCAUCUACAUAGUGCAGCAGUGGGGGAACAGCACCUUCAACCGAGCCAAGCUGCUGAAUGUUGGCGUGCGGGAAGCCCUCCGAGAUGAUGACUGGAGCUGCAUCUUCCUUCAUGAUGUUGACCUGCUGCCUGAGAAUGACCACAACACCUACACCUGCCACAAACAGUUUCCUACACACUUGUCUGUGGCCAUGGACAAGUUCAGAUACAGGCUACCCUACCCACAAUAUUUUGGUGGGGUGUCUGCAGUGACCCCAGACCAGUAUAUGAAGAUGAACGGCUUCCCAAACCAGUAUUGGGGCUGGGGUGGAGAGGAUGAUGAUAUUGCUGCAAGUGGCUCAGUGAGUAUGUUUGCACGGGCGGAGCUGAGUGUUGCAUCAUUUUCAUGCUUCUCCCUUUGCUGCUCUCCCUCGCCCUGCUCUCUGAAUGCAUCACAUGCAGUCAAAUCCAAACGUGAAGUGGUGAGCAGAGUGCGUCUGUCUGGCAUGAAGAUUGUGCGCCCCCCAGUGGCCAUCGGUCAUUACAAAAUGAUCAAGCAUAGAGGAGACCGAGGAAAUGAGCAAAACCCACGCAGAUUCGACCUUCUGAAAAGGACCAGACUUAACUGGCGUUCUGACGGCCUCAACUCUCUGACUUAUGAGCUCCUUUCAAAAGAGAUGGAGCCCCUCUACACUAACCUCACUGUCAACAUUGGAGAAGACCCUCAUCAACCUCUAGGGAAAAGUACCACCCCUGUGCACCAACGUAGCGCCUCAAAGACCGGAGCCAUGGACAAUCAGGAGACAAAAAGUCCAGAGAGCAAAGGGUCUGUGGUGGUAAAUGUCACCGUGAGCAGACCUGAGGGUGUGGAGACAGAACCUACUCGGACAAAGGCAGCUAAUGAAACGACACAGGGGAAAACAAAUGUGCAUGCAUCUCACCUGUAGCACUGAACGGCAUCCCGGCUGAAGAAUACACAAGAUGUGGAAGCAGGACACGGUGGUAGACCAGUUAUCUCAGCUCAGUGCAGGUUUUCGAUGCAUUGAUUAGGGAGCCACUUGGUUCCAGGAUGCUCUCUGGAAGUAGAUUGGGGAACAAAUUAGAGAGUGACUGAUUUUGUAAGUGCAGCUUCAUGCAGCGUGCUCCUGAAGAAACUUGUGCCUUGUCUCUUUUAAAGCGCUUUUAUAAACUGGUACCAACCUGAGAUUCAUUUGACCUCUCCUGCCUUGUGGCAGAUGUUAGAAAGCAGGGAGGCGAGACUUGAACAAUUUGUUCCAGAACUGCUGUUUUAUAUCGGUGUGCAUCAAGGUCACUAGAGAUUAUAUUUAUAUAGAGAAAGGUCUUUAUUUCUUUACUUAUUCUUGGUUCAGUCUGCUGCCUCUCUUUUUCAAUUUUAGUUUCUAGACAAUCAAACCAUAAGGGAACAGAAAUGUAUUCUAUUACACAUCACUAGCGAGGUAAUAUAACAGCAACAAUUGGAAUGUCUGUCAGAUAAUUAUACACUUGGCAUGAUACAGUAUAUGUUAUUGAUUAUACUCUCGUUACAUGACAGAACACUGCUUCUUGAUAUUAUCUGUGGUGUUACUGACUGGGUAUGGCAGAUCAUAUUUAGGGCUCAUUACUACCUAAUAUCUAAUGUGAGAAUGUUGCUGUAGUGACAAUAGACCACUGUGUAUAAGGCAUCUCAGUAUAUUCUUAUGCAGAAGCCUCUAAAUGUAUAAAUAAACAUCUGCUUCUCUUCAUGAAUUCAUCAUGACAAUAAGACAUGAAGUAAACAAUCCAUUUAGAAAGGUAA